UCCUGAGGUGUUAGUGAUGGAGGGGGAGUCAGGUCUUUCUGCUCACACUCCUCCAUCCACGAGUGCGGAGUGCCGCUGUAUCCUCUGAAGUGUUGGGGGAGGCCGACGACGCGGAGUAUCUACAAACCUGUAAAAAGAUACAAAAGUAAAGUUAGUUUCCGGAGCCUAUACCAAUUAAUAUAGAGGACUGUGACUCAAGUAAAAUCGCAUUUGAACGUUUUGAUUAGAUUUGACUUUAAGAGGACUGCCGACCGAAGUAGAGAUUGGGCUAAAAGUUUUUUUUUUACACUAACGUUACCUUCUUUUCGCACGAGCGCAAACAAAAACCGCACGGGUGGCAUUUUCAGAAGAAAACAGACGAACCCGGUCGGAAAUCGCUUCGUUGGGUCUGUAAGUGAGUCUUUAAGGGUAUUAUACUUGAACGAAAUCAUCUUGACGCGAUCUUGAGGACGAGCACGCGUCUCUGCUGAGCAUUUUCACUGAUUUCAAACGAUUCUCGGACGAGUCGAAAUAAAAACUGAGUUACAUCCGAGUGAUUUAAUGAAAACCAAAGACGCUACGACAGAGGAAGAAGUGUGGAGUUUCGUCCAGUGACUAUUUGGGAGUCUGUAUUUUACGAACUUCUGAAUCUGAUCAGGGAUUGACUCUUUACAGAGAGGAUUUGUUCCAGAAAGGAAAAGUGCUGAUGUCCUAGCUGUUUUUAUGGAGAGCUGGGCUGGAUGCAGAGUUCAGAUGUAGAGAAUCCUUGAUGAUGAUGAUGAUGAUGAUGAAGACCAUGUUGCUGCUGAUCUCAGUACUGCUAACUCAGGCUCUUCAGUCCCAGGGCAGACCGGCCACCCAAGAUGAGAUGUUAGCCCUGGUCGAGCCGACACCAUACACUUUGUAUCCGGGGGACAAACUGGAGCUGAGCUGUAAAGCUAUAGAGGAGAUACAGGAAGUGACCUGGACUAAGGACCUUGUUCCCCUGGUUGACGGAGAGCACAUCCGCCUGCGCAACCAUCAGAUAGAGAUUGAAACCGUAGAGUCGGCCGACUCUGGUCUGUAUGCUUGCUUUGCUCAGGGACUCAACAGCAACCAUACAGAUUACUUCAAUGUCAAUAUUACAGAUGGAUUGGCUUCCUCAGAAGAUGAUGAAGAAGAUGAGUCUUCCUCAGAAGAGGCCAAGCUAUCAAGUGACCAGAAACUGCUUCCAAUGGCGCCCGUCUGGGCUCAGCCUGAUAAGAUGGAGAAGAAGCUCCAUGCUGUUCCUGCCAGCAAAACCGUCAAGUUCCGUUGCCAGGCCAAUGGUAACCCUACACCAACACUAAAGUGGCUCAAGAACGGCAAAGAGUUUAAGAAAGACCAGCGAAUAGGAGGCUAUAAGGUUCGAGAGCACAUGUGGACCAUCAUAAUGGAGUCGGUGGUACCGUCAGACAAAGGCAACUACACCUGCCUGGUGGAAAACAAACACGGCAGCAUCAAUCACACCUACCAGCUAGACGUAGUCGAGCGUUCACCGCACAGGCCGAUUCUUCAGGCGGGGUUGCCUGCUAACCGUACAGCAAUGGUGGGGAGUGACGUGGAGUUUGAAUGUAAAGUCUUCAGUGAUCCUCAGCCACACAUCCAGUGGCUGAAGCACAUCGUGGUCAACGGAAGUAGAUUUGGCCCUGAUGGACUGCCAUAUGUUCGGAUCUUAAAGCACUCUGGGGUCAACAGCUCGGACACACAGGUCUUGACGCUGUACAACGUGACAGAAGAAGAAAGUGGGGAGUAUAUAUGUAAAGUGGCCAAUUAUAUAGGCCAAGCCAACCAAUCAGCAUGGCUCACCGUCGUUAAAAACUCGCAAGCCGUUCCCCCAACUCAACUGCCAAACCAGACCUAUUUGGAGGUGCUGAUCUACUGCGUGGGCUUCUUCCUCAUCUGUGUGAUGGUGGUUACUGCUGUGCUGGCCAAAAUGCACAGCUCGGCCAAGAAAAGCGACUUCAACAGCCAGCUGGCUGUCCACAAGCUGGCCAAGAGCAUCCCGCUGCGCAGACAGGUAACAGUGUCUGUGGACUCCAGCUCAUCUAUGCAUUCGGGUGGGAUGCUGGUCCGGCCCUCGCGUCUGUCCUCCAGUGGCUCCCCUAUGCUGUCAGGGGUCUCCGAAUAUGAACUGCCCCAGGACCCACGCUGGGAGGUGGCCAGAGACCGGCUGGUUCUCGGGAAGCCGCUUGGCGAGGGCUGCUUUGGGCAGGUGAUGAUGGCCGAGGCUAUCGGGAUGGAUAAAGACAAACCAAGUCGUGUCACCAAAGUAGCGGUCAAGAUGCUCAAAUCCGACGCCACAGAGAAGGACCUGUCAGACCUCAUCUCCGAGAUGGAAAUGAUGAAGAUUAUUGGCAAACACAAGAACAUCAUCAACUUGCUGGGGGCCUGCACACAAGAUGGUCCGCUCUACGUCAUUGUGGAGUUUGCUUCAAAGGGCAAUCUGAGGGAGUAUCUGCGUGCACGUCGUCCGCCUGGGAUGGAGUACUGCUACAACCCCAACCAGGUGCCUGAGGAGAACAUGUCAGUCAAAGACCUGGUGUCCUGUUCCUACCAGGUGGCACGGGGCAUGGAAUACCUCGCAUCCAGGAAGUGUAUUCAUAGAGACUUGGCUGCCCGUAAUGUCCUGGUAACUGAAGAUAACGUUAUGAAGAUAGCCGACUUCGGCCUGGCCAGAGACAUCCAUCAUAUUGAUUACUACAAGAAGACCACCAAUGGUCGUUUACCAGUGAAAUGGAUGGCGCCUGAAGCUCUGUUCGACCGCAUUUACACCCAUCAGAGUGACGUGUGGUCAUUUGGGGUGUUGCUGUGGGAGAUCUUUACUCUUGGCGGCUCACCGUACCCAGGUGUCCCCGUCGAGGAGCUCUUUAAACUGCUAAAGGAGGGGCACCGCAUGGACCGCCCCUCCACGUGUACCCACGAACUGUAUAUGAUGAUGAGAGACUGCUGGCAUGCCGUCCCGUCUCAGAGACCCACGUUCAAACAUCUGGUGGAGGAUCUAGACCGCACCCUCUCUAUGACGUCCAAUCAGGAGUAUCUGGACCUGUCUGUGUCUCUGGACCAGUUUUCUCCAAAUUUCCCCGACACACGCAGCUCUACGUGCUCCUCCGGUGAAGACUCUGUGUUCUCCCAUGACCCCGGCGCUGAUGAGCCCUGCCUGCCCAAAUUCCCCCCUCAUCCCAACCGCGGAGUGGCGUUUAAAAAGCGCUGAGCUCACUCACAUUCAGUUCCUCUCCAGUGUGCUACCUGGCUGGACUCGUGAACUCUAGGAGACAAUGCUUUGCCACAUACAGUAGCACACUACAGAGCGGCCAAGAGCUGAAGAGCUGGGCAUGGACUUCACAUGAUGAGACGCUAGUUUCACACAGCUGGAAGAGAACAAACCGGGCCGUCACUGACCUGUUGUUGUUAAAAAGCUAUAGGGCACUUGAGCAGAAAUGCUACACGUUUGUUUCUCAAGACUCGUCAAUAUGAAAUACCCUCCUGCCAUCUGUAGUAGAGGAUGACUUUUUUGACCAAAUUCGUAAGAAAAUGUAUUCCACUAAAUGCUCUGCCCGAAUGUAUUUUAACAACGGGCACACAGUUUAUCUGACUGACAGCCUUUCUUGUAAAUACAUCUAGAAAUGUAUAAAUAUGAAUAUAUAUUUACACUCUACCCUUAUUUUUAUUAUACUAUUUGAAUUUUGUUGCCUUUUGUACCAGGAUGCGUUUAUGUAGAACUUUUUGAAGUGUAGCUUUUUUUUGAAAGGGACGGUGAAAAAUGUCCAUGAGAAUUGUAGAUGAAAUUAUAUUAUUAAGAGCUGAUAGAUGGCCAAUUUUGUUACUAAAUGUUGUUGUCCUUUAUCGUUGAUGCAGCUUGGCAGAAGUGGCUCAAAACUGCUGCUGUCUUCCUGAUGGUACUCAGUACAGAGUCAGACUUAAGCUAUAAUAUAUGAAUUGAAAAGGUUCUCUUCUUUGCGUCUUAAGCAAGUCUGUAGCAAAUCAGUGCAUUUUUUCGAAAGAUCAAAGGAAAAAAUGAAAUUCUCAAUGAAUAUAAAUAUAUAAAUCAACUAAAAUGUACCUCAGAGAGACGUUAUAAAUGUUUAGCUUCAUGUAAUGAGAUGACCGUAUAUUAAAGCAAUGGUCGAAUAUGGUUAAGAUCAACAGAUCGCUUGUGUUACGCUACGAAAUUUACAUCCAAUAAAAAGCUGUUGAUGAACGAAUCACGAAACCUUUCAUACUGCAUAAAGAACCUUGUAAAUAUCACUCUUGCUGAUGAGUUUACAACAUAAAUUAUGUUUACAGUGAAGCUGACUCUCUCAUUUACCGCAGGUUAGCAGGGCUGAUUAAAAAUUAUAAUGCAUAGCUUACAGUGUAAAUCCGAGCGUAGCCGUUAGUGCUUUAUUUAUAGCAGUGUUGAUGACCCAUCUUCGCGAGGUGCUAUGCUACAAAUGCAUCAGACAGCAGACACUGUUACCGUGGCGACUGGCUCCCUGCCAGUGGCUGAUGCAUCACUUCCACUACAUAUACUUAGCGACGCGCACUUGCUUCAGCCAAGUGAACCCUGAUGCCCACUACCAGCUCACGCUCCUACAGCCAAGACAAAAUUACCAGCUUUGAUUUACACGGCUGAAAAUAUAGUUGAAGGUUGCAGAGUAUACAGCAGUUUAAAUUUAAUGCUGUUUGUCAUGUUUAUGGGACAGUUGCAGUAAAUUUUAAUUCGUGGAACAUUGUUUUGUUCUGAGAGACACAACGCGGGUCAGCGGAUAUGGACUUAAAUGUCUGUGUUCUCCAAAGGCAAUGCAUUAUGAUUGGGAUUGUUGCAUUCCAGUUUAGUCAACACCAGAUUUAUAGCUCUAAUGGAUCAAUAAAUGUAUCAGCUUUUAUUUUACAUGCAA